AUGGCUGCGCUGUCAUUUAGCUACGCACCACCAGUAUCGGGUCAAUAUACCCAACAUCUGAAAGAGGAUGAAAAUACUAUCUUGUCUAAAUUACAAGAAACAUGCCAAACGAUCAUGACGUCCAACAACUGUCAAAUAUCAGUGGCAGCAACAAAUCACAACAAUAAUUUCAUCAACAUCAGCCAUACGAGCAGCAACAGUACCAGCAACAGUACCAGCAAUCAUCUUGAAUUCAAUGUGACUCUCACGGGUACAGCGGAGGCCAUCAUGGCCGCGCGCGGUGACCUGUUGCAGAAAUGCCCGCUAGAGAUCUCGUUGUCAUUUCAAAUUCAACCCACCUCUCAAUUACCAGAAUUAACGGAUCAUUUCAAAAAACUCGAAAAAGAAUUCAACACGAAAAUCAUUGUCACUCCAGAAAAAGUAGACGUCUCUUCGCUCAUAUUAGACAAUGCAGUUCACAUUGAAAUCAUUGGCACUCCCAUUCAAGUGGAGCAAUGUCGCGUGCGUGUUCUCGUGGUAUUGGACGAAGUAUUGAACUCUUUUAAAACUGAAAUUGUUCGAUUACCUUUGAAAUUACAAUAUUUGAUUUGUGGAAGGAAAAGAGCAGGAUUACUACCUAUCAUUGAAGAGACAUCCACCAACAUUUACUUUCCUUCGCCCUUUACAAACACCAUUCAGCAUCCGACAAAAAAUGCCAAAGAAACAAAAGUCGAUCAAAAUAAUGUUACUGAAGCGGUAGAGGACGACGAUCAAGAUGAGACUCAGCCUCCCAUUUAUAUUACCGGUGAACACAGUCAUGUGUCUCGUGUAAAAGAUAUGCUCAAUAAGCUCGCUGUUCAAAAAGCAAAAUCAAUGUAUCACAAGGACACUGCAAUUUAUGCAAGGAAACUAGAUUGGCUUUUGUUACAUCGUCGCGAUGAAUUACGUAAAAUCAUGCAUGACAAUGGCGCUUAUAUCGAAUUUCCUCCCGUUGGAUCCGGCGAAAAUCGUGUUACUGUCUUUGCUGAGAAUCGCGUGAAUGCUGAGCGUACUUUGAGAGCUCUUAAUUUUCAAGCGUGCAACAUUUACGAAGCUUGUUUCUACUUUAAUAACCGUGAUGGCGCUGUGUAUGAUCCUGCUACCGGCGCCCACACAUUUUUUGACUCCACCAUGAAUCUUUCCAGUCUCGUAUCUCAGCUUUCUCAGGUAUCUGGUUCUGAAGUGAUUUACAAGACCGAUCCCGGCUAUAUUGAAGUUCUAGGCGCUGAACGAGCGAUUCGAAACGUCUACCAGCGACUCCAAGAGAUGCAAUUUCUACAGGUGUUCCAUCAGUACACCCUUUUUCGCGUGGAAUCUGCGAAUGAACAGCGUGACUUUAUUUCGGGUAAAAAGAACGGAAAAAUCAACAAGAUCAUGAAGACCUCCGGUGCCAAAAUCCGCUUCAUGCCCUACAUGAACGAUUACAACUUUGUGAUCGAAGUAGAAAGCACCAGCUUCACCAAGGCGUUGGAUGGCCUUACUUUGCUGCAAGAGGAGCUUCCCGCCGAAAUCUCCUUCUACGUACCCGAGUCUUAUCAUAAGCGCAUCAUUGGUGUCGGCGGGAAAAACAUUCAGCGCAUCAUGAAAAAGUACGGUGUUUAUGUCAAAUUUUCAAACACAGAAGAAUUUGCCUCUCUGGGUGGUUACUAUAACAAUGAAGACAACGUCGUGGCUCGCACGCCUAUGAAGAACCAAAUCAAUCUCGAUAACCUGCGCCAUGCGGUCAUGGAGCUCAUUCAUCCCAAGGACCGCGAUUACGUGAUCGAAACCGUACCCAUCCCCUUCCGAUGGCAUCGCGAGAUGAUUCAUCAGUAUCAAAACAGUUUCAUCAAUGAAGAGCUGGUCAAGAAAACCAACACCACCGUCUUGUGGCCUGACGCCGAGCUCGCGACGAACGAUGCUGAACUGCUGGGCCCUGAAGCGCAUAUGCCCCUCGCCUUCAAAAUGCUCGAAUCGAUCCUUCCGGAAAGCUACUUGUUGCAUUUGCCUUACAGCCAGUGUUUCAUGGACUUGAUUCAGACCGAUCUUUUCCAAGACACCCUGGUCCACCCCUUGCGCCAAGACUUGGACGUCCACGUCGAGGCAGGCGCUACGGCAGACAAGAAGGCCGCCUUUGUUCGCCUCGACACGACGCGUGAUAAGAUCCUCACCACGUUGCGGGAUGCAUUGCAAACGGUCAUUGACUUUUUGAAGGAGCAGCAGCUCACUCACCUCUGCGUUUUUGAAAACGCACCCGCAACCUAUUUUGGGUAG